GAAAUAUCAGGACAAUGCUCAUUCCAUGCCAAAGACCCCAUAAUGUAGUGAAUGCAGUAGAUAUUUCGUCCAGAAAUGCGGUUUGGACCGUCAUCGCAAAGAGAUUCAGUAAGGAAACUUUCGCCCCCCAGUAACACUAUCAAUUGUCUAACCUGAUCUAAAAGCGAAACAUUACAGUUCGUAUGCAAGCUUUGUGGGGUAGGGUUCCAGAGAUAUGACGGUCGGAGGAGUCAUAUGGAGAGGGAGCAUACGUCGAGUCGCCCAGAUAAUAAUGGCGACGACCAAGACGCGGAUCCCGGCGGCGGCGACUCCUCAUCCACACUUGCAUCGCCCACUUCACCCUUCUUAUUAGAAUACGGCGCACCGUUUUGCUCUGAAGGGACGUCGUCUCAUGUUCUAAUGAUCCCCCGGCCCGUGCCACUUCCCAGCGCAACUAUCCAUAGCGCUCCUCCAUUUGCCGCGGAGUCGCUGAAUGGCACGGCCAUCGGGAUUCCAGCCUCUUCGCGAUCAAACCCUCUCUUCUCGGGACAAGGAUUCCGCUCUUGUACGCCUCAGUCGAGCUGGGAGAGGGACUUGGUCCAAAGUGCUAGAGUCUUUGACUCCGCGCUGCUCCCCAGUGCUGGUCCAUCGGGGGGCCCAUUACAUCAUCCCCACGCAUCAUUCUCCUUCGCAAGAUUGGCCCCAGCCGCCGAACGGCCAACACCAGCGAUCUGGAGGCUCGAGUCCCAACCCAGGAUGGAAUGGCCCGAGCAAAACCCGCUCGACCAAACCGGUAACUUGCUCGACCACCCCCAGGUGCCAUUCCCCUCCGAUGGACUCAUCCAAAUGACGGAAUGGCCGUCACCAGAGAGACCCAAUGUCGAUGUAUCCGACCUCGAGAUGGAACAGCGAGCCGAGAACUUGUUCCAGGCGUCGUCCUCCGCCAGACCCAUCCCAGUGGCCGAAUGGCCGACAGAGAUACUCGAUUUCGAUGCUUUUGAGUAUUGGAGAGAAUGGCUAGAGCAAGACCCAGCUUACCUCGAUUUCAAUGACGCAUUUAACUAGAUUGCUUUCUUGACUUGUUGGACUCAUUUCCUCCUUCCGAUCUGUAUCAAGA